AUGACUUCCGAGAUCACUUACGCUGAAGUGAAGUUUAAUAAACCCAAGUCCUCAGGCACCAAAUUAGAGCCUCCUGCAGCUCCCAAAGAGAACAACCUUCACCAAAGUGGCCACAGUUUUUCCAAGCUACUUCUUACCUCGUUGCUGAUACUUCUGCUACUAUUGGCAAUCUCAUUUUUCAUCGCUUUUAUUUUUUUUUUUCAAAAAUGUUCUUAUGUUCAUAAAGAAGAAAAGGCUACAAGAGAACUCACUCACACAGAAUUGGAAUGUGUGAAAGAAAAUUCGACCCUAGAAGGGAAAGACUGGAGCUGCUGCCCAAAGAAUUGGGAACCAUUUAGUUCUCACUGCUACUUUAUUUCUAAUGGAUAUAAUACUUGGAAUGAUAGUGAGAAGAAAUGCUUGAGAAUGAACGCUCACCUGCUGGUGAUCAACACCAAAGCUGAGCAGGAUUUCAUCACCCAGAAACUGAGAAUUAAUUUUGCUUAUUAUGUGGGCCUGUCAGACCGGACAUUGACAAUGGGAGAAAGACACUGGCAAUGGGUUGAUCAGACACUAUACAAUGAAAGUGCCACAUUCUGGCAUCAAGGUGAACCCAACAAUCCUAAUGAGCGUUGUGUUAUGCUAAAUGCUGUCUCAAGAAAAUGGGGCUGGAAUGAUAGUCCUUGUAAUGAGGGUCACAAGUUUAUUUGCAAGAUGAUGAAGAUCUACUUAUAA